GCGUUGUACUAGACCGGUACCGGCUGUAGGCGAGCAAAGACAGCGAGGUAGUACGGAUUAGUACGUUCGCGCAGUUAGUGCCUGGCGUGUAGAGGCUUGAAGACGUCCGUAUAAAUCUCUUGUCUUCCCUUCGCUUUCGAAGCCGCGCCAUAAUCUACGAGUCAGAGCCGCGACGAGUCAAGGCUCGCAUUUUAACGUUCACGUGUUUACGGUGUUUAAGGCUCCCCGCGGUGCGAUCGCACGUCCCUCCACGGUGCUCGCGGGAAAGCAGAGAAAAACUUUUGCCGAUUGAAUAGAAUCGCCGAAGUGACGGAGAUACCGCGGUGGCUGAAAAAUGGAGAUUUGCAACCGAGAGAACCGACUGUACGACGUGCCGCGCGGAAAAGCGUCGCGCCUCGUUGAGAACGGGGAGAAACUCCGCCGGGAGAAAGUUUCCACCCUGCAGGAACUUAUAAAUGCGCUGCACGAAGCCUUCGAGACGGAUCAUGUGAAUAUCGAUCACGUUCAGGACCUGAUGAUGAGCUACAAGAGCAAUCCCAUAGAGUGGAAGAAAUUCGCCAAGUUCGACAGAUACAGAUAUACGAGGAACCUAGUUGACGAAGGAAACGGCAGGUUCAAUCUCAUGGUGUUGUGCUGGGGGGAAGGUCAUGGGUCAGCCAUACACGAUCAUGCCAACGCGCACUGUGUGAUGAAAGUCCUUCAAGGGAAACUGUGCGAGACGAGGUACGCGUGGCCCGCGGGAUCCGAGACGGAAAAUGGUUUGGAGGAGCUCAAGGAACUCGAGAGGAACACGCUUGAUACGAACGAGAUCUGUUACAUUAAUGAUUCGCUGGGUUUGCAUCGCGUUGAAAAUCCAAGUGCGAUGAAUCCUGCGGUCUCCCUGCAUCUGUACUCUCCGCCGUUCUCGUCGUGCUCAGUUUUCAACAAGCAGACCGGGCAAAAGUCUACCUGUAAGGUCACAUUCUGGUCCAAGUACGGAGAAAGAAGGAAUCGGGUGGGAAAUUCAAGACGCCAGAUCUCCCGAGGAUAACUAGUCUGAGCAAGAGCGUGGAAACACCACAAGCGACACGCCAAUUAAGUUUCGGCGAUAUUCUAAUCGGGUGCGGAAAACGAUUUGCAUUAUCUUGGAUUGGACCUGGUUGCUCAAUUUGCAUAAAUUAAGACAGUCUUCAACAAUUGUGCUAUUAAUAUUGUCCAAUUUUCGUCCUGUAUAAUCGUUUUUUAAGUACUUAAAUCUAUUUGUAAGGACCUGUAGAUAUUCAUAAGUAAGAAUAAUAUAUGUAUAUGCAU